AUGCCCGAGGGGCAGGCGCUGCUCCAGGAAGAGGGCACGGAGGUGAGCCCCGAGGAGCUGACCCUCCGGAAGGGGAGACGCGCCCCGGCCGCCGGCGCCGCCCGCACAGAAACUCGGCGCCUCCCCUCCGCCCUGGGCCGCCCGCCACUUCGCCGGCCCGCGCCGCCGCGCCCGCGCUGCCCCUCGCUUCCCCGGCCCCCAGCGCAGGCCCGCGUCUCCUCGCCUCCGCCGCCCGCCCGCCGCGCCCGCGCUGCCCCUCGCUUCCCCCGGCCCCCGCGCAGGCCCGCGUCUCCUCGCCUCCGCCCCGCCCGCCGCGCCCGCGCUGCCCCUCGCUUCCCCCGGCCCCCAGCGCAGGCCCGCGUCUCCUCGCCUCCGCCCGCCCGCCCGCCGCACCCGCGCUGCCCCUCGCUUCCCCGGCCCCCAGCGCAGGCCCGCGUCUCCUCGCCUCCGCCCGCCCGCCCGCCGCACCCGCGCUGCCCCUCGCUUCCUCGGCCCCCCGCGCAGGCCCGCGUCUCCUCGCCUCCGCCGCCCGCCCGCCGCACCCGCGCUGCCCCUCGCUUCCCUCGGCAGCCCGCGCAGGCCCGCGUCUCCUCGCCUCAGCCGCCCGCGCCGCCGCACCCGCGCUGCCCCUCGCUUCCCCCGGCCCCCCGCGCAGGCCCGCGUCUCCUCGCCUCCGCCGCCCGCCCGCCGCACCCUCGCUUCCCCCGGCCCCCCGCGCAGGCCCGCGUCUCCUCGCCUCAGCCGCCCGCGCCGCCGCACCCGCGCUGCCCCUCGCUUCCCCCGGCCGCGCGCCCGCCCCGCGCCGCCGCACCCCCACCGCGGCCCGGCCCACGUCGCCCGCCUCCCACUGGGCCUCGAGCCCUGGGCCUCAACGGCGGCGGCUCCCGCGAGCUCCCUCCGCCCGCGGGCGUCCCCUCCCCUCCCGCACCACGGGGCGCGGAGCCUGCACCCUCCGGAAGAGCCGCAGGAGGCGGCUGUGCCUGCCUUUGGAGGCUCCUCCAUCCCGAGGUUCUGAGAGCGCCACCGUCCUCCAUGUCCCCCCGGGUCCCCUCUCAGGACCACCCGCGGAGUGGGGCGGAGGACGGGUCUCACGGGAGCAGCGUCGUCUCCGUGGCCAGCCGGGCCGAUGCGCCGGGGAGCCUGGGUCCUGCUCUGUGCAGCGGGAACCGUAACCAGGGCCCCAGGGCGAUGUCGGGGGCCCUUCCCCGUGUUGCCGCCUGCCUCAGAGUUCGGGGCAAAGCUGAGCACCCAUGA